AUGGCCAGCGCGGCCAGCAUGCAGCCCCGGUCCGCAAACCUGCGCGCCCCGCCGCCGCCGCCGCCGCCGCCACCGCCGCCGUACGAGGCCCAGCUGGACCCGCCCCCGCCGGGCUACUAUUGGCUUCCGGAGCAGCUUCUCAAGACAACCCUGCUGUCGCCUAGGCAACAAGGGAAGCCCCUGGAGUCAGCCUGCACCCCCAGGAUGAGUGUGUCACUGGAGCUGGAGGUACCGGAAGGAUGCAGCCCACCUGGCUUCCGGCAGAAGCCCGUCACCCUGGCUUUGCAGGAGGGUAAAACCGCCACCUUCCGGGCCCUGGUGUGUGGGGAGCCCAGCCCCGAAGUGCGCUGGGAGAACAGCACCGGCGAGCUCAGCAGUUCCAGCAAGUUCCAGAUCUCCUCUGGGCCGGGCAGUGGGGAGCACAUGCUGCAGAUCCUCAAGCUGACCGGCGAGGACACGGGCGUGUACCGCUGCAGAGCCGCCAACAGGUGGGGCCAGGCCACGUGCUCCGCGAGGCUGACCGUGAUCGAAGUUGGCUUCCGGAAGAGCCGGAAGCGGCAGAAGGAACCCCAGGAAGAUCUCAGGAAGGAGCUUGUGGACUUUCGGAAGAUGCUGAGAAAGAGAGCCCCACCGCCGGCCCCCGAGAAAAAGGUGGACUCUGAGCAGGUGUGGCAGCUACUGACCACCGCAGACCGGAAGGACUACGAGCAGAUCUGCCGGAAGUACGGCAUCGUGGACUUCCGGGGCCUCCUGCGCAAGCUGCAGCAGAUGCGGCGAGAGCGGGAGGACCGGCUGGCGCAGUAUGUCAACGCUGUCUCCAACCUGAAGCACCUCAAGGUCAGCAAGGACGGGGUGGCCACGUUCGCUCUGGAGCUGGAUCUCAAGGACCCUGAGAGCAAGAUUUACCUGUACAAGGACGGGGAGAUGGUUCCCUACGGCUCCGACAGCCAGACCAAGCACUGCCUGCGGCGCCUGGGGAAGCGGUACCACUUCCAGAUCCGGGACCUGCGGCCCGAGGACGCCGGCAUCUACCAGGUCAAAGUGGAAGACGCGGGGAUCUUCUCCACGCAGCUGGAGGCGGCCGCCAUUCCCCCCAGAGUGGUGGUCCCACUGGCCGAGGUCUGCUGCCAGGAGGAGGGUGAGGCCCACUUCGAGUGCACCCUCUCCAGCCCCUGCCCUGAUGCCACCUGGCAAUUCCAGCGCCGGCCGCUGCGGCCCAGCGGCAAGUACCAAGUGUCCGUGUCCCCCGACGGGUUGACCCACCGGCUGGUGGUGCGGGGUGCCCGCCCCUCCGACAUGGGCCUCUACUCGCUGGACGCCGGCCUGCACGCCUCCAGCGCCUGGCUGGUGGUGGAGGGGAGCGGCCGUCUCCCCAGCGCAGGGAAGGGUGAAGGUGUGGACCGCCAGCUGCCAGUGCCAGGAGCCGGAGAUUCUGGGCACCUGGAUGGCCAGGAGGGGGAGCCCCCAGACCAGGGUCCUUUGGUGGGCUCCCUGGAGGAGGCAGGGCCAGCUCCUGGGCUCCAGCAACUGGCGAGCCCUGACCUGGGUGCUCUCGGGCCUGAUGGAGGGCCGGGGGGCGGGUUUCCGGGACCUGCUCAGGAACUGGGUGCUUGGAGCCACAGGAUAACGGGGUCUCCAGGAAGAGGUGCUCAGGGGCCCCGGGGGACCCUUGGGGGCACGGAGCAAGGUGGGGGCUCCAGGCAAGGCCCAGGGGCACCUGCAGGAAGGUGGUUUGGGAACAGAGGGGGCUGUGGUCCUGCAAAGAUGGGGGCCAGGGACCCCUGCAUCAUCCUGACGGCGAGAGAGGAGGCCAAGAGGGCAGAUGGGGCACCUGUGGCGAGGGGAAGGCGGCCCUCCAGAACCGAGGCCCUGCACCAAAGCCUGGCGCUGCUGGCCGCUCCUCCGAGGAGACCCAAGCCUGGUGCCCGGGACAGAGCAACAGAGCAGGAGGGCCACGUGGGGGCCACCCAGGCCGGGAGAAGCAGCCUGGCCACGGGAGACCAGCGGAGUCAGGCCACGGGGACCAUCGCGGGUGCCCCCACUUUCGCCCCUGAAGGGACAGAGAACCCACGAGAGCCGCAGACCUGCUCCCGGGGCCGCCUCCCUGUCCAGGCUGCUCGGAGGAAGGACACGGCAGGGGGCGGCCGCCGCCAGGAGGCUCCCCCGGGGGAUGGCUUUGCUCGGCCACGCCUCCCCUCCAUCGACCCGGACAGUGACCAGCAGUGCCUGACCCCGAGGAGCAAGGGCAGCCUCGUGCAGGCCGGGCUCACUCUGCCAGUCUCAGGCCCGCGAGCGGUCAGCGCCAGGGUCAGCUCCCGCGUGCCUGUCUCCUUUGAAGUGACUCCGGUAUCGGCGGUGACCCGGCUGAGGGAUGGUUCUUCCUUGUCUCGAAGAAGUGCAGCCUGCACCAAUGUGGUCAGCCCUGCAGAAAGCAGCCUCCCCAGCCUGCAGCUCAGGGACCCCUGGGGCCGGGAUGUGGCCCCCCACGCCCUGCUCAGGGCCACAGCCUGCCCAAGGGCCCCGGGGCCUGUCCACCUGCGGGAGAAGGUGCCCGGCACAGUCACUGCCGAGUGGGACCCCUCCCCGGACGAGCAGGGGGGCACCCCGCUGCACUACACUGUCUUCACACGCUCCUCGGCAUUCGCACCCUGGCGCCAGGCGGCCGACCGCAUCCACACCACCCGAUUCACCCUCCCGGGAGUGCUCCCCGGGCACCAGUACCACUUCCGGGUGGUGGCGCAGAAUGAAGCGGGAUCCAGCCCGCCCUCCGACACCCCCCAGCCCUGGUGCCUCCCCCGGCCGCAGAGAGACAAGUUCACGGUGACAGCGCCCAGUGCCCGGGAGCCCGACCUGGGCCAGAAGCCUCGGUUCCUGGUGAGGCUGCGGGCCCACCUGCUGCCCCGUGGCAGUGCCUGCUGCAUGAGCUGCGCCGUGCGGGGCUGGCCCCGACCCCGCGUCACCUGGUUCAAGAACGGCCGGAGCCUGGCGGGGAAUCCCGCCGUGCACAGCACCGACGUCCUGGGCGUGUGUUCCCUCAUCCUCUCCAGCGUCUCCCCCGAGGACGGGGGCGAGUACCAGGCCGUGGCCGAGAACACGCUGGGCCAGGCGGUCAGCACCACCACCCUCAUUGUCAUGGGUAAACAUGGGUGA